AUGGGACUCAUGAGCACGUACCUAAGCGAAAGCAGCAAAACCAAAGCAGAAUCAGCACAACCACCGAUGAAGAAAAGAAAAUCUUACUCCGUCGCGAUUGUAAUGCAGCAAGCUACAUUUCAAGGAAUGGAGAGAGUAAUCAAAUGUAUCGAUGCGCAUGUAAACCAGCUAACGUCUGUUAUCGACAACGUUAACGAGUGCGCACGAUAUUUGAUCAAGGAGAUAGAACUUCUGACUAAUCCCUUCAUCGACGCUGAAAUCAUCAGACUCGUUUUCCGAGGCAACAAAGAAGCCAUUGAACGCUCUCACGACGAGAAACGAAAAUACGUGAUUAUGAAGGAAUCAAGUCAAUUACAAGCUAUGAUUUUACGUACAACGAAAAGAAUUGUAGAAUUGGAGAACGAAAGAAAGAUUUUACAGAUGGAAAUGCAGAGCGAGUACAAAAAAGUUGAUUUGCUCAACGCUUUACUCGUAAAGAAAAAUAAACUUGUUGGGGAGAAAAAAGAAACUUUUUAUCAUGUGGACUUCAGUCUGCAGAAGUACGAAAUGAAGCUCGAACAGAUUAAAGGGCAUAAGCGUGAUAAGAGUGAAGCUGAAAAAAAACAAACGAGAAUUGAGGAGCUGCAAGCUGUAUUGAAAGAGAAAACAGCUACAUCUAAAUUAUUGCAAAAUCAAAUUGUCAGUUUGGAACACGAUAUGAAAAAAGUUUCUACUGGCUUAUUGAACGAAAACAACGAACUCGAACGGUUACGGAGCAAGAAGCAGGAUUUAUUGUUACUGUUAGAUGGAGGCGAGAAACGACUGAAAAUCGCACAAUCCCGGAACGGAGAAAAACAAGUGGAAGAAAAUAUAAUACGCCUUCAAGUGUUGCAGUUGGAGCGAAUGACAUCGAACGUGAGCGAUAAAGUCUACGAUUUAGAAAAGUAUCGUCUCCAUCUCGAAGCUGUGAGUGAUUUUCUGAUUUCGUUAGAAUUAAGGUUCCCCUAG